CCAGUUGGCUGCUCACUUUGAAUUAACAUCUGACAGUAGUGGCCUUCUCCGUGCUUUGGUGCAACAGGCUUCAGGCGGUAAUUUUAUAUUGGAACGCCUAGCAGUAACUGGAAAUGAGAAGCAAUUGAAAAAUGCUUACACAAAAUAAGAUACAUUGCAUAUUGUGACUAUUAUUGAAGAUUUUAGAAAUGGAUGUUUGCUACUUCAUGUUUUUGUGCUUCGUACAGUAGUAACGCUAUUCAUUAGUUAUCGGUAAAAGUGAUUUUUUUUUUCGUCAUUCAUCUUGAGGAUUGCGUAGAAUGUUAAAUUAGAAAAAGGAUGCAGAGACUUGAAGAACUAAUGCAAUGGCAACGCCAGCAGCAGGAGAAAUUACUACGACAUCAACAAGAACAAAAGGCCUUAAUUACUUUUGAGCAAAAACGAUUGUUUCAAGAAAUAGGAUCCAUUUUAGAACAAGGAAAUAUUUUGUCAUCAACAAAAGAAAACUCUGAUAAACAAGAUGUGGAUAAUACAAAACACCAUGAGCUUCAUCUUGGAGAAGCCAGGGAAUUGGAUCAAAAGGAUACUUCUGUUCCACAGAUGCAGGGCUCCUUUGAUGAGAUGCCUGUGAAGCAAGUGACAAAGAGUUUCACCCAGUUGCUGCAGGAGAAACUCAGCACUGAUGAAAAUGGAGAUGAUGCUGAUGCAAAUGUAAAACCAAAGAGAAAGUUUUUGAAGAAAGGCGAAGGGUUAGCUCGGUACCGUAUGACUCUUGAUAAAAGCCUGAAGCGGCCUCCGCGGUUGACAAAGAAAGUAGAUUUAAUGAACGCUAAUGAAGAAAAGGGAAGGAAACUUACUGGGAACACGUCAUCUCUGGCUCCAUCUGGUAUCAAAUCUGUUGUGGCACCUGUAUCAGAAAAUCAGCAGGGGAAAAAAGGCCCUACUUCAGUGAGGACUCAUUCUGUGGAACAAACUCAUCUGAGCCUUAAUACCAAAAGUUUAUAUUCACCAAAGAAAGUACGUGGACUUCAUUGUGUGUCUGAGCAGGAGAGUCAGGACGAAUUGCAUUUGUUUGAAUUGUUGGAGCAGCAAGCAGCCAAUUCCAGUUUCUGUUCCACUUCAUCUGUUGUUAUGCGGUUUCUGGGAGAUCCUUCUGCCCAAGUUACCAACUCGGUAGAUUAUAAAAAGAAUACUUCUCAGAGUGCUACUGUAGAAAAUAGAACACUUCCACAUACAUUGAGGCAGCCGGAAAUUAUUUCAAAUCCAUAUCGAUCUUCAAACAAUUUGAAUGCUAUUUCCUCAAAUGCCAAUAUAACUAAAGCACAUGUGGGAUGCACAACCCGCAAUUCUCAACUGGAGCGAAUUGCUGAAUUCUGUGACUCUUCAUGUAAUACGCCCCUGAAAUCCACCAAUGAGAAAUUGCUCCUGAAUUCUGAACAAACUGUCCAUGAAAAAUUAGUUCCUAAUAAUAUUUAUGAAAGUGAAAAUGAAACAAAAAAAAAUGAUCUCUCAAAUUCUCUUUAUUGCAAUGGCAAAAUACCUUCUGGUGUUGAAGUUCCACAGGAUAAAGUACAAUACAGACACAAAUCCCUUUCUACUGCUCUGAGUAGCGUAGAUGACGAAACUGAUAUUUUCAGAGACUCUGAAGUGUGGAGCGACUGCAGUUGCAGUAGUUGUGGAGAGACUGGGACUGAGAGUGAACACGAAGUCCCAAAUCCUCCUCUGCAGCAAGCUGUUACUUCUGAAGAACAUUGCGAUACGGAUGAUAGUAAGAACAAAUCUGUGCAAGAAUGUACUUCUGAUCAUAGGGAUGCAAUUACCUUUAAAAGUGCUCUCCUUAAAGAACGUCUUGCAGAACUUGAAAGUGAAAUAGACAUUUUUAAGAAAGAAAAUGCUCAUUUAAAGAAAUUGAAACAACAGUACGAACGUGACAUUGCCAACUUUAAUAAAGAGAAAAAAGAACAUGAAAAAAUUCUGAAAGAAAAUACUGAAAAGAUGCAGGAAAGUAUAUUAGCUGAGCGGCGGAAACUGGCAAGAGAAAAACAGGUUUUCGAAAGAUACAGCAAGGAAAAAAAAAGUCAACCAACUCGCCAAGAAAGGGAGGAAAUUCAAGCUCUGAAACAACAGAUUGCGGAACUACAAGAAGAGCUGAUUCGCAAAGACACUCGCUGGAGUGCAAAUCAGGUGCGAACCCGAGAUCGUAUGAGACAAUUAAAUAAAGAGCUGUCUCAACUCAGAGAAGAAAACGAGAAGUUGAAAGCUGAAAAAGCUAAAAUUAAAAGGGUUCGAUUUUCUAAUCCUAAAGUGAGUAUGGUUUCAAAUACGAAAGUGUUACACAGUAUAAAUGAGAAACUUGCACAGUUAAAAGUUGACGAUUUGGAAAAUCCAAUUGUCAUUAAGAAUGUGGUUCCACGUAAACGAAUCCCAGCUCAUGUCCUCUGCCAAAGUACAAAUGAUAUGAAAGGAAAAGAUUUGGAGAGAAAUACUAAAAUCAUUCAUGCUGUGCCUGACUUGCAAAGUAAGUUGCAAAAGGCAACAGUUAAUGCAGAUAAACAAAAUGAUGACACAUAUCAGAAUUUCAAUGAUGAGAGCAAUAUCUCUGAAAAAAUAAUGUACAGAAACUCAGAUGAAGAAGUAUUCAUUUCAGAAGAAGCUUGUGAAAGUAAGAGUCAUUCAGAUAGUGCAGAUACCUCCCCAAUGCAUAUGUUAGUAUACCAUUCCUUUUUCCCUAGUCAGCAUGAAGCAGUUUCAAGGGAUGUUGAUGAACAGAACACCGAUCUGCACAUAGAUCAAAAUUCAGAUGAAAUACUGGAGAAUGAGAUAUCCGAAACUCCUCAAAAUGGAAGUAAUUCAUAUUCUUUAGUUAAAAAUCAAAAUGUAAUUAGUCACCCACUUAAAAACACUGUUGAUACAGAUGGACCACUUUCCCCUCUUUCUGAAGUGUGUGUUUUGAGUCAAAUGACUGAAACCCAAAUGUCAUCUGAAUCUUUGAAUGAGAAUGCUAAAAAAAGAGAUUUUUCCGAAAUUGUACAUACGGAUGGAACCAGAGAAAAGAAUUUUUCUGAUGGGCGUCAAGAAAUUUGGUAUGCAAACGGCAAUGUGAAAAAAGUAUCCCCUGAUAAAAUGACAACUAAAAUGAUUUAUUUUAAUGGUGAUGUCAAAGAAAAAUAUUUUGAUGGAAUUGAGAAAUAUUAUUAUGCAGGAACAAAAACUUGGCAAACAACUUACUCUGAUGGCCGAGAAGUUAUAGAGUUUCCCAGUGGCCAGGUAGAGUGCAAGAUGCCUAAUGGAACUGUUGAAAUAACAUACCCAAAUGGAAGUACACUGUUGAAGCACAGAGAUGGACACGAGAAGUUGACUUUGACUGAUGGAACAGUUGUGAGCACAAGUGCUUCAGGUAUUAAGGAGAUUGUCUAUCCUAAUGGACAAAAAGAAAUACAUGCAGAAGAUCAUAAAAGAAGAGAGUAUCCUGACGGUACUGUGAAGUUAGUUUAUCUUGACGGAUCUCAAGAAUCAAGAUAUGCUUCAGGGAGAGUGAGACGAAAAGACAAAGAUGGGAAUAUCAUCAUGGAUUCUGUUAGGACAUGACACAGUUAUAAAUAUAUUUGUAUAGAAAAUCACCAUUUACAAUGUUACAGUGUUUCAGAACAUUCCAUUUUCUAUGUUUGUUACUAAAUAAAUAAUUUUAAAUAUACA